AAUUUAAUUGAUAUUAUUCAAUACAUUUGUAACGGGCACAUUUAUCUACCGGCAUUGCGUAUUCGCAGUCACCUGCGCUUUUAUUGUGAAGGGCGGAACCGGACGUCUUCUUUUUAUUUUAUAACGUUACAUCUUCACUUUCCGUGGUGAGAUGGCUGUGGAGUCUCUCCUGUUCCUGUAAAGUAGAAACGGGCUCUGUGGAUAAACAGCAGGAGGCGAGACAACCCGCCGCAGUUCGCUUCGAACUCCAAUUUUUAAAAAUAACAACGAAAUCCUCCCCGACAGUGCCCGCGCGGUGCACUUUUCUGAGCUCCCUAACCCCGCCACCUUCACCCCUGGUCUGGGGGCUGCCCUGGAGGCGUUUGUGUUGUAGCUGUGCGGCCGGGCAGCCUGGCUGCCUCCCAGCCUGCAGAUGAAUGAAGAGCCCUCCAGGACACAGAGACACGGCUGAUGAAGGGCAUGCAGGUGUUUCUGAAAACAUGAUGAAGAGGAAGAAUCCCCACAAGAAACAGAAAAGCAGUCUGAGUCCGGCCACCAAAGUCCUGUCACAGCCCAGUCACAACAUGGUCGGCUGCAGGAUCCAACACGUGUGGAAAGAAGGAGGAGGACACGUGGUGUGGAAAGGAGCCGUGCUCGACCAGGUUCCAGUGAACCCGUCUCUCUAUCUGAUAAAGUACGAUGGCUUUGACUGCAUUUAUGGUCUGGAGCUCCUUAAAGAUGAGCGGGUCCAGGGUCUGGAAGUGCUCCCGGACCGACUGGCAAAAUCGCGUCUAACAGACGUCAACCUGGCCGACUCCAUGAUUGGGAAAGCGGUGGAGCACAUGUUUGAGACGGAGGAGGGUCCGAAGGAGGAGUGGAGGGGGAUGGUGCUGGCCCGGGCUCCCAUCAUGACCAACUGGUUCUACAUCACCUACGAGAAAGACCCGGUCCUCUACAUGUACCAGCUGCUGGACGACUACAAAGAGGGAGACCUCCGCAUCAUGCCCGACUCAAACGACGGCGUCCCGGCGGAGAGGGAGCCUGGCGAGGUGCUGGACAGCCUGGUGGGCAAACAGGUGGAGUACGCCAAAGAGGACGGCGGCAAACGGACGGGCAUGGUCAUCCAUCAGGUGGAGGCCAAGCCCUCCGUCUACUUCAUUAAGUUUGACGACGACUUCCUCAUUUACGUGUACGACCUGGUGAAAACUUCGUAGGACUUAACACUCAUCACAGCACCCGUUGACACUUCUGGAGAAUUUGAUCAAGCCCCCCAAAAACCAAAGGGACAGGAGGAGGGGAUAGGAAAGAUGCCCCUUGAGAAUCGACGCUGGGACCAGAGCUCCUGACUCUGCACUCGGUAAACUGAAACGAAUGAGAGCUGAGUGGGGAAGUAUGCAUCGAGUUGGACUAUGUUAGGUGAGGAUUGUAUGAAUUCAAUUCCAAAUUGAAUUGAAUUGAGUUCCUAACAAACAACUCAAGCUGCUUCACUUUCAAUGCAGUGAUCCAACUUCAACUUAUUCAAAUGAUGUCAUCCACAUUCAGUUUCCAGGGAAUUCCUAAUUUGGUUUAGUUGUCAGAGUUGUUUACUUUCUUUUUUUCAUUUACUAUCUCACAGGUUUGAGAUCUUUUUAAAUUUAUAUUUUGACACCUUUGUAUUCGUUAUUCUAAAAUUAUUGUUGUUCUGAUUCACAAGGAGGAUUUUACUGUUGGUCAUUCCUGGCGUGUCAUCUUGUUUUCCUCUAUGUUGGACUCAGAGGGAAACUUUUGAAAUAUCCCCAAAUGUAAUAUAUGGCACCUGCUGUUGUUCAAAUGAAGUGGGACACGUGUGGCGGCUACAGAACGAUAAGGAUAUCCUCGUCGUGUAGCUUCCUACGUACACAGGCUCCCUCUCGACUCGUCAAAAGACGUCUGCAGCUAAAAACUCUUCUAAAAAGAGUUUUUCUUUCCCUUUUUGUUUUUUUCAUUGCCAAAAAAUUUUUUUUUCCUCGUGAUUUCACUAAAGCCUUUUUAGAUUUGCUCUUGUGUUGUGUCUUCUAAGUCGUCAUGGAAGGAGUCAAAGGACGCAGAGACAAAAACUCUCCUGGUAGUUUGUUUUAAAUAUCUAGUAAACAUCUGGAUCUCUUGGGCUCUUCUUCCCCCAUUUAAAAUUCAAACACAAAGGACGGUUCUAAAUGUCGCUCUUUGUGAAUUUAAGGACUGGAGAACUUUAUUUAAUGCACCUUAAAUGUGGAUAAGGUGAAGAAGAAUAUUCCUCACAGUUCACGAGUAUGUUGGACUUAAAAAGUCUCACCGCAAUUCACAAGAAAAAACAGGUUUCAUUCAAGUCAUCAGUGAAAAUAUUACUAAUACAAAGACAAAAAGUAUCCCGGUUUGUAUUUGCACACAAACAAAGGGAUCCGGACUGAAAACAGCGGUGUGUGUGUGUGUGUGUGUGUGUGUGAAGAGAUCAACAACCAAUGACUGUUUAAAUAUCCUUUUUAUACACAUGUGCAUAUUGAUUUGGAUUUACAAGGGUCUGAAGGAUUUCCACAAACACGUGUUCUGUAUGAAUUUCAAGUUGCAGGUGAAAGGCAACUGUUUGGACAAGAUAAAGAAAUGUAUAUUUUAUAAUUGACAUUUUAUUGAUAAAUCAAAGAGUUCACUUUCAGUGUCAACAAGACACAUUUUUCAGAUUUUUCAGAAUCCUCGUUAAGUUAAAAUGUAUGGCUGGUGAGGUAAACUCAAAAAUGUAAUUCCACAAUAGUAUUAUGACUUAUUUGAUAUGUAUGUGUAAGUUUAGUAAACCCUGGAAUAAAAUGCAAUAAUCUGAUUAGGAAACAAACAAAAACUCUUCCAGCCAAUCAGAAACUCCUACAUGACAUUGGGCUGGAUGUAUAAAGAGAAAAAGUGAGGGACAGCACAUAUUUUAUUAGUACCCUACAGUAUGUGUGCAGGGUUGAGUAAAAUAUAUAAAAAAAUUAAUAAUAUAUAAAUAUCUAGAUUUGCAGACCCAGAGUUCCUUUACAGAAAUAUAAAAUGUUUGUCUAAUCGUCCAGUGAUGUUUACUGGCCUUUUAUUUUUCUGCUGCAAAUUAAAAAACCAAACCUGUAAAGGUAGAUGAGUCGGGCGUGAACCAUUUAGACGCCUCGGCCAAAGUACACUACGAGUGUUUGGAAAGACUUCAGCCUGCGUACUUCCUGUGAUGUAGUUAGUCUCCGAGGCAGUUCAUAGCUCUUAAUGUAACCGCACUAAUAAAAAUAAUGACUCUCGCAGAGACAUCGUGAUCAUCUCAACAUGCACUAUUUGAAUUUAACGCGUCAUCUGAGACUUGAUCUGCAGAGGUGUUAUGUUCAAGUCGGUUGGUUAAUUUCAAUUUAUGGUGUUUGAUGUUGGAAUGACAUGGGCCUUUGUUAUAUUUCUGCCUUGUAUCUUUGUUUUUGUAUGUUUUAAUGUUUAAUGUAAAAAAUAAUUUCUAUUGUUGAUGCAAAACCUGACAUGGCUUGGUUUCUUUUCAGCGAGGUUCUUUUUAAACUAUUUAACAUCCCAAAGGUUAAUUAAAAAGUGAAUUGCUAGAGAAGCUGGCUGUUCAGAGUG